AUGCCCUUCCCUGCGCAUGCGUUGAGAUCCCGCGCAUGCGCGGUGUCGGUCAGGCAGGACGGGAGGGAGCGCAGUGCCAAAAUGAAGCUGAACAUUCACUUAACUGCUCGGCUUUUUCUCGCAAUACAACAGGAGCAGCAUCAGGACCAGCUGCUGAGCCGAUUCUGUUCUUCACCUCAGAAGCUCCAAGCUCAUGAUGCAAUGUUGGUGUUAUGUGAUAAAGAGAACAAGCUGAAGCUACCCCACCGACCAGUUGAAAGUAUGAUCAUGUCUGCCCAUGCUGAGCAGAUGAUAAUGGACCUGAGCUCCACUUUGCUCAUCUGUUCCAUCUUGUGUAGUCAAACUUCACUUUCCAGUUCAGGAAACAUCUUUGUGUAUCCAAUGGAUGGCAGCCACUGGGUUAACAUGGACAUUGUUUUGCGUGAGCUCCAUCAACGAGGUCACGAGCUGACAGUUGUACGCUCUUCCACAAGCUGGUACAUUCCUGAAAAUGCUUUUUAGUACAAAUCUGUGACCAUUCAGGUCACUGAGUCACACUUUUUGGAGAAACCUAACGUCAUGGCAGAGUUCUUGCAGAGGAACAUUGACAUACAAAGAGAUAAAGGAUCGCUUCUGUCACUUGUUGCUGUACAACAAGAGAUGUUUAACUUGAUGAAGGAAGGUCACAGAACAAGUGCAGAGAUGGUGAGGCUCAUUUUGGAGGAUAAAACACUGGUAAAAAAGCUUCGGGAUACCAAAUAUGACUUGAUCCUGACCGAUCCUGGCUAUGGAGGUGGAGUCGUGUUGGGGUCGUACCUUGGCCUUCCGAUAGUGUUUAAUGUUCGCUGGAUAACCCACACAGAAGGGCACUUUGCAAUUGCACCCUCUCCUCUUUCAUACAUCCCAGUAGUUGGAUCCCAUGUCAUAGAUCAAAUGAGCUUUGUGGAGAGACUGAAAAACCUUCUGCAUUAUGGUAUUUCAAUUUACAUGGACCAUGUACUUACUAGACCUUAUUAUCAGCAUAUCAUCAGUGAGUUUAUAGAUCCAGGAGAAAACAUCUACUCUCUCAUUCAAGGUGCCGAUCUCUGGCUCAUGCGAAUUGAUUUUGUGUUUGAGUUUCCUCGACCAUCGAUGCCAAACAUCAUCUACAUCGGCGGAUUUCAAUGCAAGCCCCCCAAACCUUUACCCGAUCAUCUAGAGAUAUUCAUGCAGAGUUCAGGAGAACACGGAGUCAUAAUCAUGUCUUUGGGAACGCUGAUUGGAAGCAUGGGUCCUGAAAUAUCGGCGAUCUUCGCUUCUGCUUUUUCUCGUCUCCCACAGAAGGUCAUUUGGAGACACCUUGGCCCAAAACCAUUCACUGUGGGCAACAACACGCUAGUUUCCCAAAAUGACCUUCUUGGACAUCCGAAAACGAAGGUUUUCAUAACGCACGGAGGAACAAACAGUAUCUACGAGGCCAUCUAUCAUGGUGUACCAGUGCUGGGAAUACCACUGAUCUUUGAUCAAUUUGAAAACAUACUCAAAAUAAAAGCUAGAGGAGUAGCCGAAGCACUGUCGGUAACAGCUCUGGAUGUGGAUACACUAACUCUUUCUCUGAAGAACAUCUUGGACGAUAAGCAGCCGUACAGAAAGAACAUGCACAGAAUGUCAGAAAUACUUCGAGAAACACCAAUAAAACCAAUGGACUACAAGUCCAUAGUACAAGUCUCGUAGUACAAGUCCUACAAGAUGCCAUGGUACUCUUACCACAGUGUCGAUGUUUUAGCAGUAUUGUUUGCAGUUUUUGCGGUUGUGCUACUGCUCUUUGCCCUGACCUGCAGGCUUCUGGUCAAGACAGUAAAAACAAAAAGGAAACUCAAACAGCACUAA